UAGAUGAGGCUGAGGGACGGGAGUGCCCCAUUCACACUCCCUUUACAUUUACGCACAACAGCGGAUCUCCCAGGAAGGACAAAUGAACAGGACACGGUGGAUGGAGACAUAUGUGUGAUAUAAAAACCAGCCCGGAUGCGUCUGCUCGCUGCACUUAUCGGGGAAAACUAUGACUCUUUUAAACGACUGAGGAUUUGGGAUACUGUUUUUACUUUUGCGUGCAUCUAAACCGGCCGUUCAUUCAUUCAUUUAUAAAGGUGCUGCACCCGUCUGGUUUCACAUAAAACCGUCCUCUCCUCUGUCUGCUUUUGCCUGGUGAGGAUGGAUACCCGGCAAUCUUCCCCCAGGUACCCGCUGCUGGUGCUGCUCUGCGCGGUCUGUGCGCUGUCGGGGACCCGGAGCCCCGUGGCUGCUGCGGGGAGGAGCUGCGCCGACACCCGGCAGGUGUACGCGGAGAAGGGGUACAGCACUGGCACCGCUCCGCUGACUCAGAUCUCCGGUGAGCACCUGCGGCUCUGUCCUCAGGACUACACCUGCUGCUCCAGUCAGAUGGAGGAGACGCUGGCCCUGCAGAGUGAGAGGGACUUCCUCAAAGCUAUCGAAGAGAACAGCCAGUUCCUUCUGACUACUUUUACCCAGAGACACCGCAGGUUUGAUGAGUUCUUCAGAGAGCUUAUAGACUUAUCGGAGAAGUCUAUGAACCAGAUGUUUACCAAGACCUACGGCCGGCUCUUCACGCAGAAUUCACACGUCUUCCAGGAGCUGUUUGUGGAGCUGCGCAGAUAUUAUUCUGGGGGCAGCGUCAGUCUGUCAGAGGUUCUCUCAGACUUCUGGUCCAGACUGGUGGAGCGAGUCUUCUCUCUGGUUAACCCCCAGUAUCAGUUUAGCGAGGACUACCUGGAGUGUGUCAGCAAACACGCCGAACAGCUGCAGCCAUUUGGGGAUGUGCCCCGCAGACUGCGCGUACAAGUGUCGAGGGCUUUCAUUGCAGCCAGAGCUCUGUCUCAAGGCUUGGCUACUGGUCGGGAUAUUGUUAACAAAGCAACAAAGCUGACUGCAGAUUCAGAGUGUGUGCGUGGCCUGAUGCGUCAGUGGUACUGCCCACUGUGCCGAGGCAUGCCCUCCCUGCGGCCCUGCCACUCCCUGUGCCUUAACGUGAUGAAGGGCUGCUUAGCCAAUCAGGGAGACCUGGACACCGAAUGGAACAAUUUCAUUGAUGCUCUGUACCUGGUUUCAGAGAAGUUGGAGGGGCCGUUCAACAUGGAGCUCGCAGCAGACUCCAUCUCUGUGAAAGUGUCGGAGGCCAUCAUGCACAUGCAGGAAAACAGCGUCAGCAUCUCCACUAAGGUGUUCCAAGGUUGUGGAAGUCCCAGGCCAACUCCAGGACGCUCCAAACGUUCCCCCAAAGAGUCAGGGGGUAACAGGAGACCCUUCCGCACCUACAGCCCUGAGGAGAAACCCACCACUGCUGCAGGCACCAACCUGGACAGACUGGUUACCGAGCUGAAGGAACGACUGCGGCCUAUGCGUGGCUUCUGGGUGUCCCUCCCACACACCAUCUGCAACGAUGAGAAGAUGGCUGCCGACGUCACUAAUGAGGACCGCUGCUGGAACGGGCAGACCCGAGGGAGGUACCUGCCGGAUGUGACGGGCGAUGGGCUGGUUAGCCAGAUCAACAACCCGGAGGUGGAAGUGGACAUUGCCAGGCCGGAUGUGAGGACCAGACAGCUGAUCAUGGAGCUGAGGGUGGUGACCAACAAACUGAGACACGCUCAGAGCGGACAGGACAUGGACUUCAUGGACAGUGAGGAGGGCAGUGGCUCAGGAGGCGGAGAUCAGGGUGAAAGGUACAAUGAUUGGCCAGGCUAUGGGCCGUACUCCCCGCCCUACAACAACAAACCCCCACGCAACCCUGUCUCCAGUCCCGCAAAGCCACCAAGAGUCAGAGAGAGAAACGGGUCCAAGUGGAACAGAAACAACGGUCACGGACGGGUCAGAUCUGCAACCAGCCAGCUCUCUUUCUCCCUGGUUCCUUUGUUGUCUUUGCCUUUUGUGGUCACUGUUGCCCCCAUGUGGAGAUAGCUGGUUAUUACAGUCUGGAGGUGGAGGUUAUCUGUCAUGCUGGAGUCUCAAGCACAUUAUGAAGAAAGAAAAAGUCAUUCCAUUUGGUUACACCAGCAGAAAAAAAGACAAAACAGGCUAAUUUAGCAAUAAUCAAAAACCUGUUUACAGCACAAAUAAAAAAAAGUUAAAGUGAAUAUUUUUCCUACUGCCCAAGCCAUAAAAGAGGCAUUAUUGUAUCAGGCAUUGAUGAUUACAAACUUAAUAAGUACUGCCAUUUUUUAGAGCCGUUCAUUUGACCUAUUGGAGUCUUGAUGCUGGAUGGUGACUAUGAAAGAGAAACAAAAAGCACAACAGCAGCAGGUGAAUUCACAGCAUGUUUGGGUGAUGAAGCUCGUGGUCUCGUGGUUUGGUGGUCUGUCAGAUGGAGAUCAGUCGUGCCGGUUAAUAACCGCGUGGUAUCCGUGAGCAGCUGAUUCGAUCUGAGUGAGUUUGUUUGCUGCCUUUCUCAUGAAAUUAAGUUCAUUAAUUCAAUUGAUCUUGGUUUCAGUUCGGUUGUGGUUUAUUUUUCAUCUUGUGGAAGUGGUGGGAAUUUAAUUUACUCGCUUAAUUAAACCUCCGUAUUUUGGCUUGGAGACUAAAGAAAAGUCAAUAGUGUGACUCUUGAAACCAAACAAGGGGCUUAUUUUGAAUGUACCUAAUUAAUUUGCGGUUACUUGUGACGACAAGGGGUUUAUUAAUGUAAUAUAUUGAUGUUUUUUAUUUAUUUGUAAUAUAAUAUGUCAUUGUUCUUAUCUGAUUUUUAAGGCAAGGGUCGAGUGUUUUUAUCUUUUAAAAUAAGUGUUUGUCUUUAACUUUCUCUGGUUUAAAAUAAGGGGAAAAAUCAAGUUGUAUUUAUUGAUACUUUCUGUAAACUCAUUAUUUUAAAAUGUUAUUGAACCAAUCACAGCAAAACAUUUAAAGGUCCAGUGUGUAGCAUUUAGUGGCAUCUAGCGGUGAGGUUGGACAAAACAUUCUCACUCUGACCUCGUCACAUAUUGACGUUUUAGUUAUGGACUUUCCACGUCCAAAUACGAUGUUGCUUGUUGACAUUCUGGGACACCGUGUCAAGUUCUGCCGUUACAUGCAUUGUCUUCUUUCAAAAUACACUUCUGUUUUCACAGGAAAUUUAACAUUUAUGUACAGUCUCCUUCAAAAUAAACGCACCACGUCAGUACAACACCGCAAAUUGACAUUUUUUUUCCUUCAACAACAAAAACACAUGGUUAGGUUUAGGAAAAAAAAAAAGGUUUGGCUUAUGAAUCUUACGGGACGCAAACACUGCUCUCUUGAGUGAAAGUAGGUGUUUGUUGGACCCAUCCACCACCUCUUCCACAUGCUCCAGUCGGACUUUCGCUGCCUUAACUUUCGUCCUUUUGUCGUCGUAUUUUCCCCUGACACCGCUGGAUGCCGUUAAACUAUAACGGCAAUUGGCCGCAACUCAUGCAGAUGUUAAAAUAUACCUUUUUCAUUGGUUUCUGACUCCACAAGUCAUUGCCCAAGCGCCAGAUUUCAAUGACUUCGGAGUGAGACCGGGUUGCCAUGUGCCAAGUGUGUCGGAGUGCCACAGUGGCCGAUGCAAAAAUGUGAAUGGCUCUAUGUAGAGCCACUGUUUGAUUUGUCCAUUCUGGGCUACUGUAGAAACAAUAUGGCGGACUCCAUGGAAGAGGACCCUCUCCAUGAGUAGAUAUAAACGGCUCAUUCUAAGGUAACGAAACACGUUUCUUAUUUUCAGGUGAUUAUACGCUAAAGAAAACAUAGUUGUGAAUAUAAGUAUAAUUUUUUGGCCUGUUGAUCAGAAAUCCUACACACUGGACCGUUAUUGUAAAAUAUUGGGCUACAAGAGCAGCGUUUUUAGCCAUAACCAGAGAUUGUUAAGGAGCAGUGUGUGUGAAUGUGUGUUUGUAUGCUGGUUUUAUAUUGUUUGUUGUAUGUUCUGGUUUCAAGGUUCUGAGGUCAUGUUGAGAAGAUGUUUGGGAUGUUUUUGUAAUACCGUGCUUUUCUACUUAUUUUUCCUAAAAGCAACAAAAGAUGAUGUAAACACUGAGGGAGCUCAUGUUGUGAUGUAAAAUUUGACUGAAUGUUGACGGAAAGAGACGAAUGCUGUCAAGAACCAGGAAAUGAUGGCUCUUAAUUUUCAUAUGCUGAAUGUGUUUUGAUGACGAGAAAAACAAAGAAUAUUCAAGAAGGAAAAACAAAAACUUGAGGAGGAGUGGUCAUCCAUGAACAGAGAGGAUGAGGAGGAGGAGGGUGAACUAAAAGGAUUUGUUUGACAUUUUGGGAAAUACUCUCUUGCCUAGAGUUAGAUGAGGGGACAGAUUCCAUCCUCAUGUUGGUAUGAUAAAUGUGAAACUGCAGCUGGUUAGCUUAGCUUAGCAUGAAGACUAGAAAUAGGUGGAAACGGCCCGCCUGGCUCUGUCUGAAAGUAACAAAACCUACCUAAAGCUCAGUAAUUAAUUAUUUACACCUUUACACCUUUUUUUAUUUGUUGAAUCUGCUAAAAGAAAACUAGGUGCAAGAAAACAAGAAAUUAGAGGGAUUAUGUGCCCGGAUUGUUGCAGGGAGCAGUUGCCAAGUAACCAGCAAGACUCAGAGAACUUCCUGGGAAGUCUUGGCCAAGAAAUAGUCACAGCCAGUGUUAAUGUCGUUGAGGAAACCAACGAAACACUUUUUCCACGAGGAAAACAAGAAGACGACGCGCUAAAAAUAGGACUUGAUAAUAAAAACUUAGAUGAAAUCUAUGCUUCAUUUUUGUUGACGAGAUGUUACGAAAAUGUUCAUGGUCGACUAUCGGACAUUGAAAGCUGAGAAUUGCUGAGUUUGUUAUUAUCUUCAAAUGCGACAAACUGGUAAACUCCAGUAAAUGCGGCAGCAUGUUUUGCUAGUUAGCAAAAACACUGACACCAGAGCAGUGUCAGCCAUUGGUGCGAGUCGUGAGCUGUAAUUCAUCAGUAAAUAAUCAGCUGUAUGCGUCUGACUGUUGAUGGUGGAGCUGCUGAAUGGACUUGUUGGGAGUUUGUCAGUUGCAGCGGUGCCUGUUAGCCGCUGAAUGGCAGCAGAGCAAGCAGCCACUGGCCACCAGACUUCACAGCUGAUCCCUGCAGGAUUCUGCUUAGUCUGGACUGUCUCAGGAAGGUUUAUGGUGAUGCUGUUUGACAGGCAGGUAGGAGGCUCAGUUAUCUGAGUGUAGCUGUGCUGUAAGUUAACAGUCUGAACUCAGAUCAGUUUUCUGAGAUGAAAGUUUAGUUUUAAUCACCAACUCUGUGAGAGGACACGAGAUUAAACCUCCAGACUAUCAUGUUAGAGAUUAAGAAAGAAUUCAGACUUUAAGAGAUUGAUAAAUCAGAGUUUACAAUGAAGCUGGGUACAAAAAUAAAAAGAACAUGUAGAAAACAAUGACGAAAAUGUCAAGAAUUUUCGUCGACAAACUAUUAAAAAUUACAAAAAUGUGACUUAAACCUAAAAGCAUUUUCAUCUCAAGACUAGGACUAAAUCUAAAAUAACUGUCAAAAUUAACAAUGCAUUUUUUUCCACUUUGUUUUUUGUACAAAUGACACAAAAAAGAUAUAACGUGCUUAUGAGUGAGCUUUACAGAUGCUGGUUCACUGUUUUCGGACAGAACUUGGCUAGCUGUUUUUGAUUAUUUUUUUUUUAAUGCUAAGCUAACAGGCUGCCAUAGCUCCAGUUCCAACUCGGCAAGAACUCAAAUCAGCUUAUUUUUUUCCUCAAAAUGUUGAACUAUCUCUUUAAAGACGAAAGGUAAAAGUUGAUUGGUAGGAUCCCAAAAGAUAGCACAGAUGCAGAUGGAGGAAAAAAGAAUGUAUAGAUGAUGUGAGCGGACACUUUUCUGUUAAAUGAGGAGUUGUGAAAUUCACCUACACUGCUAGUCAGAUGGGCUGUUGCACCUGUAUGAUACAAACAUAAAGAAAGGUUUCAUUCUAAAAUUAAGCCAAAAAUAUUAACUUACUAUUUUAAUCACUACUUUUUAUGUCGAAUGUAAUUUUGGAAUGAAACCCUUCAGCGUCAGUAAGGACUUUGUACGAGACUUCACCACAAACACAGUAUUAUGUUGCACAACUACAAAUGAAAACACAGUAUUCACAGUAUUUCAGAAGCGACAGUGUUGUAAUCAUAUGUGCUUUCGAUGAUCAGCGGUCAGAUUACGACGCGUUGGCUGCAAUGUUUCCAUUGAAUUUCAGGUAAAUUGUUCCUUAGCACGACCUCUCAUCCAUCCCCACCACUCACACAUUCCUUCAUGGUGAAAGUAUAGCACAACUUUUUUCAUGUUGUUGUAACAGUUUUUUGGUAUCAAAUGAGUGAUAUUUUCUGCUUCAUUAAAAAAAAAAGCUCAAGAAGA